AUGAAGAUAUCUUCAGCCAUAGGCACCCCUAAACGCGUAAGACCAUUCACUUCCGAAAGAACAGCUCUCCAAAUAUGCCAAGAGUUAAUUUUACCCCACUUUGACUACUGUAGCUCCGUUUGGGAUGGACUCAGCGUCGUCUUGAGUGACAAGCUGCAAAAACUCUAAAAUAGGGCUGCCAGAGUCAUUACUAGGUCCGGUUACGAUGCAAGCGCUAGUUUCCUUCUAAAUAGGCUUCACUGGGACAAUCUUACCAUACGUCGAAAGAAGCUAAAGGCCAUAUUAAUGAUUAAAACAAUAAAUGAGCUUUCCCCUGGGGGAACUCCCAUAUGA